AUGGCGGACGAGAAGGAAGGUUUGGUUGGAAGUACAGUUCGUUCCGCCUCGUAUAAUGUUGUUCUUCAGGUUAUUUUUAGAAUCCUUACCUUCGUAAUGAACGGUGUUCUUCUUCGUUUCACCACGAAAGACAUGAUCGGAAUUGUGAACGUGCGAUUAAUGCUUCUCAACCAAACUAUCGUGUUCGUUGCCAGAGAAGCUUUCCGAAAAGCUUGCCUUAGCAAGACGCAGGACAAGAAUUGGGUUCAAGUGAUCAAUCUUCUUUGGUGUGUUUUCCCUCUCGGUGUAACUUUAUCUUUCGUCCUUGGCUACGUUUGGCUGCUUCACCUAGAAGUUCCCGAUCCACAAAAGAUUCCAAACUAUCCGUUGGCCGUUUUCGCCUUCGCUGCGAGCGGCUCAAUUGAACUUUUAUCCGAACAACUGUGGGUGUUGGCUCAAGCAUUUGUGUUUUUACGGCUCAAAGUCAUCAUAGAAGGCAUUGCAAACUUUGCCAGAUGUGUGAUUACUCUGGCUCUCGUAGUGCUCUUUCCAGAUCUCGGAAUUGUUUCAUUUUGCCUGGCACAAAUGGCUUUCUCAAUAUUAUCCAUGAUCCUGUAUUAUGUAUACUUUUUAUACUUCAUUCAAAAUGUCCCCAAAGAAAAGGAAACCGCCAUGAAUGACUUCCCUCUGAAAUCUGUCCGUGACUUUUUCCCCAGAAGAAUUCCUGGUUUGAGUGUUGUAAGUUGGGGUAUGGUGCAUCUUACAUGGAGCUUUUUCAAACAAUCCUUCUUAAAGAAAAUCUUGACUGAGGGGGAACGGUACAUCAUGACUCUGUUCAGAGUGUUAACAUUUUCUCAGCAGGGUAUCUAUGAUGUUAUUAACAACCUCGGCUCGUUAGUUGCCAGAUGUGUUUUCAUGCCCAUUGAGGAAAGUUAUUACACAUUUUUUGCGCAUACCUUGGUUCGCGGAAAUUAUGCUGAUCAGCAAGCCGAAAAGUCAGCAAAAAUGGCCUCUGAAACACUGGAAGUUGUUCUUAAGUUUGUUGUUCUGGUUGGGAUGACAUUUUUGGUAUUUGGCUAUGGUUAUUCUUUUCUGUUGUUAGACAUCUAUGGUGGGUCAACCCUCAGCAGUGGAGAAGGUAGCCUACUUUUUUUAUUUCACAAUAAUUAUUUCUUUUUUCUUUUUUCUUUUAUUUCUUUUUUUUCAGUAAAAAUAAACAAAUUAUUUUAAAGCAGUAAUAAUGAAUAAAUAUUGAGCCAACUUUCCUCAUUUGCAACGAGUCGCUGAAUUGCAGAGGAACCAGAGAGGUGAAAUUGGAUGUUAGCGUAUUAAGGUGCACCAUACAACUGCUUCAGUCAAUGUUUGAUUUCAUCUCACCUGAGAAUGGAUUUUACUAACAGCAUACCUGUUACAGCUCAAAUUUGAUUUCAGGUUAACUUUGAUUUAACCUUGGUUUAUUCUCAAUUCCCUUCAUUUCCUGGCCCUGAUUCAUGAAUAGUUAGGGCUAGGAGACAAGGUAAAUUGAAAAUCAACCAAGGUUAAAAAAAUUUAACGUUAAAUCAAUUUUUUUCCUGUAAUAUACCCACCUCUUUAUAUUACCUAAAAUUAUCCUCAAUUGGAUGCAACAUAUUUAGCAAUUAUUGAAAGAGGAUGAGUAGGAUAUGAAGAAUUCUGCAGAUCGAGGAGGGACAACACCCUCGAAGAUCUGCAGAAUUCUUCAUAUCCUACAAAAGUCAAAUUCAAUACAUGCUUUAUUAUUCAUUCAAAAGAAUUCCAAGUUUGAAAACAAGCUAAAACUUACUUACCUCAGUCAAUGUUAAGUUUACAUCGAUAGUACAUCUUUAUUGGGAAAUUUAGGAGAUAAAGGUCUGUUCAGGUCUUCAAAUAUACUCCAAAUAGCAGAUAUCAUCCAUCAAGUUUUCUUCAUGCUGUUCUUGCCAUGAUUUUAGGCAAUAUUUCACCGUGAAACAAGUAAAAUGUUUUGCUGACUGUUCAGCCAUUUUUUUCUCAUCACCAAAACAACCCAACCUCAUCCCCGCGUUUUCUUGGUUAUCUUCAAUAAUCUGCAACUUUGGCUGCACUUUUGACAUCGUCAGUUCAAUAUGACAAAUUCUUCCAAAUUUGGUCAACAAAAGCUCGUCAUGAUGAAUUAUGCUUGUGCUUUUAGCCAAUCAGAAACAGAGAAAUAUUUUGAAUAAAUAUUAAAUAAAGUGCAAUUAAUAAUCCGUAUUUUGCAGGUCCCUCACUGCUCCAGAUGUAUUGCUUGUAUGUGCUGAUCAUAGCAGUGAAUGGUAUGACAGAGUGCUUCAUGUUUGCUGCCAUGAGCAAAGAGGAUGUUGAUGCUUAUAACUACAAGAUGAUGGUAUUCUCAGUUAUCUUUUUAGCAGCAUCUUGGUAUCUUACUUUCCUUGGAAGUGUUGGCUUUGUUAUUGCCAACUGUUUGAACAUGCUUCUUCGAAUUUAUCACAGGUCAGUGGCAACCUUGCUAGUAGCUGAGCCCGGGAAUGGUGGGGGGGGGGGGGGGGGUUACACCCUUUGAUGGCCUGUACAGGGAGGGCUCCGCCCAAAAGGGGUAUCUUUUUCAGGCUUUGGGUAUAUGAAACAGUAGGGAUUUCAAUAGUUAAAGUAUAUAACUGAUGAGUUUUAUGGCUUUAUAAAGCGGAGAAAAUGUUCUAUUUUUGUGAUUGAUUCCUAUUUAAAAGUCAGUGCAUUUACAGCAGUUAAAAGGGAUGCAAAGUUGUAAACAAGGUACCGGUAUGUGAAAGGGGUGCCAUUUGUCAAUAGAAGGUAUACGAAAGGGGUACCUUUUUUGUGAAAAAUGGUAUAUUAUAGGCCGGGCAAGGGGUUAGACUUGGGCGGAUCCUCCCUGUAUAAACAUUAGUUGAGUACCCCCCCCCCCCGGGUAGCAGAGCCCUAUUUUGCUUACUCGAGUUUAGUGUACUCAAGUGAAAGACUCUGUGUUAAAGCAAUAUCUUUAUGAAUCAUGCACUGCAUGUUGCUAGAAUAUUAUGGUGAACCCAGGCAUAAUAGCUGUGCACUGAGUACAACAUGCUCAGUUACAACUAUCAGUUUUAUUUAAAAAUAAGCAGAUGCUUGCACUCGAAAAACCAGUUUAAGAAAAGUUGGGACUGCUGUGACUUCAAAAGCUUGAUGCGAUUCAGGUGGAAACUCCUUUUCUCCUCUUCGAUCGGAUCAUUAUACGUUUCUGGGAAACUGCCCACCUACCCCUCCCCUAAGCCGACAUUUUGCGCUAAAUAAGAAGUAAGUGUUAAUGUCGGCUGAGGGGAGGGGUAGGUGGGCAGUUUCCCAGAAAUGCAAAAUGAUCCCUUCAAAGAGGACAAAAGGAGGUUCUACCUCUAGAGUGGUCAGUAGCAUGUUUUUAGCACAAGCAAAAGAUACAGCAGGAUUUGAAGACGGGGCAGGGGGCACCUAAGGUUACUAUAAAUAUGCCAAUUUUUCAUACAUGGACUUCUUGCUACCACUCUCACUUGCUUUCCUCAUGAAGAAUCACGUAACAUUAUUAUAUAUAACAUAUGCUGUAUAAGUGUGAAAAUGAACAUUUCAAUGGGAAAGUGUUGCUGACGGUAUUCCAGUAUUCCAUCAGGUCCAGUUUACAGAUAGUCUCCUUCACAGCCAUUUUUAGGGUCAUCACGCAAGAGGAACAUUGCGUGACAACCCUAAAGACGGCUUUGAAGGAGACUAGUUUACAGACAGAUUCACCAUUUAUCUAUGAGUCUGGCAUAGUUACAUGUUAAUAUGCUCAAUGAGAAUUUCAGUUGGCUUUCCACAAACCAUCACGCAGUAGCCUUUUGCAUGUGAGAGCACUUCUUUGCUGGUUUAACUCGAGAACAGAUUUUACCUAAAACAGAUGCAUGUACAUUUCAGCUAAAAGAUUUGUUUUGUUCUAUUGUAGCCUAAUCUUCAUCCAUCACUAUUUCAAGUCAAUGCCUCAUCUGAAACCUUUACGAGGUCUUGUUCCAUCCCCUUGGUUCUUUUGGCUUUUGCCGUUUCGUGGGUAA